AUGACUACCGAUAAUUAUCCUCACGUCCUCAUUAUAGGCGCGGGUAUGAGUGGUCUGACUCUGGCGCACCAACUCCGGAAGAACAACAUUUCUUUCUCUAUCUUCGAGCGCGAUCUUACCAACGAUGCCCGGGCUCAGGGGUGGGCACUGUCAUUGUUCGGUCAGGCACUGUCCGGGCUAGAAACCUCUAUGCCUGACGAACUAGGACCGGUCGAUCAGACGAGUCACUUGCGCCCACUCGACCUACCAGCACAGUUCGUGUUCUACGACAUCACCAAGCCUGAUAUGCGGGUUGGAGUCGCCAGCGACGAGACCGGCAAGAUUAUCCGGUCCAACCGCAAGAAAUUGCGGGACUGGUUACUCCAGGGAAUCGACGUGCAGUUCGGGAAGCGCGUGAUAAGAAUUCAGGAGAGCGCCGACAAAGUGACGGCUCAUUUCGAAGAUGGGACUUCAGAAUCUGGUGACAUCCUCGUGGGGGCUGAGGGGACGCGCAGCGUUGUCCGCACACAUCUCCUGCAGGGUAAAGAUGUCAUGAAGCCUCUGCCGCUCGGCUCCCUCGUCGGCGAGGUGGAGCUUGUUGGUGACGACUUUGCUCGCCAGCUAUCUCUGGCACAUUCCGGAUACAUCACCAUGAACUCAACUGUGGGGAGCGACGACCAAAGUGCUGUCUUCGCGGCCCUGAACAGAGUCAGUGACGAUGGCAAGACCGGCUACUAUUACUUCCUGCUCCUCUGGGUGGACAAAGAGGCACCUGCAACCACCGACAAGAACCCUUCCUGGACCGUGACAGCAACUCAGAAGGAGCUGAUGGCGUUUGCGCAUGAGAAGACCAAGACAUACCCGGAUCAUCUCCGCGCCAUCAUUGAAAAGACUCCUGUCGAGGGAUAUCGAAGCCCUGGGUUCCAGCUUCAAGAUGUGCAGCUACAACCUCAUCAGCUGCCUGCUGGGAAGGUUAUCCUGAUAGGAGAUGCAGCCCAUUCAAUGACACCAUUCCGUGGGGAAGCAGGGGUAUGCGCCUUCACAGAUGCACUCAAGCUCGGACAAGUUCUUGCCCAAGUCAAGGAAACUCGGGCCAAGGGACUCGAGCACGAGAGUCUCGUAAGCGCUUUCAAUGAGGAUAUGCUAAAGAGAGGUGCUUGGGCGACUGCUGUGUCCAAUCCGGUGUUGGAGGACUACGGGAAGUACUCCGAUUACAAGUUUGGAACAUUUGGGAAAGAGGCAGCGCCCUUGGCAGAGGAGCGCAUCUCAGUCGAUUCAGUGCCGAUGGUUUCUUAG